UUUGAGGACAGGAGUGAGGCUUUGGGUUUUUUUUUUCCCUUAAUUUUUGUAUCUGAUAUUACAUAAAUGAAGGUUGUGGCAGGGCAGACGGGAAAGGAGAAUCUGCAAGUCCUGCAGGCGUCUGAGUGGGUGGGCAAGUCAGGACAACCCACAGGCCUGGGUUCUGGGUGGCUGGGAUUGACUGUGCAUGAUGAUGGGCUGCAGAAAUGAAAGCAAAAGUGCGGGGCUGCUGAAGCUGUCUGCGGGUGAGGAAAGCAGUGGCGUGCCUUUUCCUUUGUUGUAAACAGAAAUGUUUGUUUUCCAUAGAUGAGCAGCAACAGCAAUAAAAGAGCUCCAACAACAGCGACCCAGCGGCUGAAACAGGACUAUCUUCGAAUUAAGAAGGACCCGGUGCCUUAUAUCUGUGCUGAGCCCCUCCCUUCCAAUAUUCUUGAAUGGCACUAUGUGGUCCGAGGCCCAGAGAUGACCCCUUAUGAAGGUGGUUAUUAUCAUGGAAAACUAGUUUUUCCCAGAGAAUUUCCUUUUAAACCUCCUAGUAUUUAUAUGAUAACGCCCAAUGGAAGAUUUAAGUGCAAUACAAGGCUGUGUCUUUCCAUCACGGAUUUCCACCCAGACACGUGGAACCCGGCCUGGUCUGUCUCCACCAUCCUGACAGGGCUCCUUAGCUUCAUGGUGGAGAAGGGCCCCACCCUGGGCAGCAUAGAGACGUCGGACUUCACGAAAAGACAACUGGCUGCACAAAGUUUAGCAUUUAAUUUGAAAGACAAAGUCUUUGGUGAAUUAUUCCCUGAAGUCGUGGAGGAAAUUAAACAGAAACAGAAAGCCCAAGAUGAACUCAGUAGCCGACCCCAGGCUCUCCCCUUACCAGAUGUGGUUCCAGAUGGGGAAACACACCAUGGUCAGAACGGGCUUCAGCUCCUCAAUGGGCAUGCGCCAGGGGCUGGGCCACACCUCGCGGGGCUCCAGCAGGCCAACCGGCACCACGGACUCCUGGGCGGCGCCCUGGCGAACUUGUUUGUUAUAGUCGGGUUUGCGGCUUUUGCCUACACGGUCAAGUACGUGCUGAGAAGCAUAGCGCAGGAGUGAGCCACAUGCCACGGCCGGCAGAAGUGGUCAAAAACGAGGGACACUGGGCCCGAGCUUGCCAUGGGCUGGCUGGACAUGCCGCCGAGCGCAGGGUGGACCUGCCUGACUCCUGGGGUUAGCUUUUUAAAAACCUUGAAAAGGAAAACAAAAACCAAAGUGUGUAAUUUGGAUUUAGAGGAGAUGCAAGAUUCUCAGCUCCCUGUCCUCGCUCUGGGGUCGUUGGGGACCAUGGAGCUUGGGUGUCGAGGAGGAGGGGCCUCACGCUUUGGUUUUAUAGCUUAUCUCCUGUAUCGUCUUUUGGACCUGUUUUAGUAAACAUGUUUUUCAUUUUAUUAGAUUUGGUCACUUAAAAAUACAAAACUCGAUUGUCAAA